UGGCGGCCAUUUUGAGCCGGGUCCGGACGGAGCGGGAGGCCAUGGAUGUGAGGCGGCUGCGCGUCAAUGAGCUGAAGGAGGAGCUCGGCCGCCGCGGCCUCGACACCCGAGGCCUCAAAGCCGAGCUAGCCGAGCGGCUGCAGGCGACGCUGGAGGAGGAACGCCUCGGAGGGACGGGCCCGGAGCCUUAUCCGGACGGACACUAUGGCAUUGAUGACAACAAUCACCAGGGCAACCUGCAGGGAUACCAGUCUUUUGAACAAUGCAACAUUAAGCAGGAGGAUGAAUCUGGGUACGAAAGGGUACCUCUAGACCCAGACCCUUCUGGCUUCCAUUCAGAAAUGAAGACAGAAUUUAAACAAGAAGAUCCCAUCCCUGGCUACAAUAUGCCAUCCAUGGGCUACAAUGCUCCUUCUGGACCUCCUCCUAACUACAAUAGUUCACAAUCUGGCUACAAUGCACCACCUUCCAAUUAUGGCACCUCUGAUUCAUCUCCAUCUUGGCAGCAGCAGCAACAGCAACAGGGCCGUAAAAGGCCAUUUGAAGAAUCACGCAGCCGUGGCUAUUAUGAACAUCGAGACGAUAAGAGGGGCCGAUCUCCUCAGCCGCCUGCUGAAGAUGAUGAAGACGAUUUUGAUGACACACUGGUGGCCAUUGAUACAUAUAAUUGUGAUCUACAUUUUAAAGUUGCUCGUGACCGAUAUAGUGGCUAUCCUCUGACUAUCGAAGGGUUUGCUUUCCUCUGGUCAGGUGCGCGAGCCACAUACGGGGUGCGCCGUGGGAGGAUCUGCUAUGAAAUGAAGAUCAAUGAAGAGAUCUCUGUCAAACACCUUCCUCCCACAGAACCUGAUCCUCAUGUUGUGCGCAUUGGCUGGUCACUGGACUCAUGCAGCACUCAAUUAGGCGAAGAGCUUUUCUCCUACGGCUAUGGGGGCACUGGAAAGAAAUCUACUAAUUGCAAGUUUGAGAAUUAUGGCGAAUGCUUUUCUGAGAAUGACAUAAUCACUUGCCUUGUGGACUUUGAGUGUGGUGAUGACAUUGAGAUGUCUUUCAUGAAGAAUGGGAAGUGGCUGGGGGUGGCCUACCGGCUGCGAAAGGACAUCCUAGGCAGCCAAGCCCUCUUUCCUCAUGUCCUGGUGAAGAACUGCGCCAUUGAGUUCAACUUUGGUCAGAGGGAGGACUCUUUCUUUCCCGUUCCACCGGGUUUCACCUUCAUUCAGCACCUUCCACUCUCAGAGAGAGUUCGGGGGACAAUCGGACCAAAGAACAAAACAGAAUGUGAAAUCUUGAUGAUGGUGGGGUUACCUGCUGCUGGGAAGACCACAUGGGCCAUUAAACAUGCUGCAGCCAACCCAGCCAAGAAAUACAACAUUCUGGGAACAAAUGCCAUUAUGGACAAAAUGAAGGUAAUGGGGCUUCGGCGCCAACGAAACUAUGCCGGCCGCUGGGAUGUUCUCAUCCAACAAGCGACACAGUGCCUAAAUCGUCUCAUCCAGAUUGCGGCACGGAAAAAGCGUAACUACAUCCUGGACCAGACAAAUGUUUAUGGAUCUGCCCAGAGACGAAAAAUGCGCCCUUUUGAAGGUUUCCAACGCAAGGCUAUUGUCAUUUGUCCCACGGACGAGGACUUAAAAGAUCGAACAAUAAAGCGCACUGAUGAAGAGGGGAAGGAUGUGCCCGAUCAUGCAGUGUUAGAAAUGAAAGCUAACUUUGCCUUGCCAGAAGCAGGCGAUUUUCUCGACUCUGUCAUCUACAUUGAGUUGCAACGGGACGAAGCUGAGAAGCUGGUAAGAGAGUACAACGAAGAAGGCAAGAGAGCUGGCCCGCCACCAGAAAAGCGCUUUGACAACCGGGGUGGCAGUGGAGGAGGCGGCUUCCGUGGGCGAGGAGGAGGAGGUGGAAGCGGCAACUUCCAACGCUUUGAUAACCGAGGCCCACCGAUUGGCAACCGAGGGGGCUUCCAGAACCGUGGAGGUGGUGGUGGAGGACCUGGAGGUGGCGGUGGUGGGCCUGGAGGUGGAUUCAGAGGAGGAGGAGGAGGAGGGUCUGGUGGUGGAGGAGGACCUGGAGGUGGCGGCAGUGGAGGAGGAGGCUUCAACCGGGGUGGCUACAACCAGAAUCGCUGGGGAGGUGGAAACCGAGACAGCAACAACAACCGGGGAAAUUAUAAUCGGAAUAACCAGCCGCAGAGCAGCUACAGCCCAGUACGCAACCAGAACACUUACAAGAGCAACAGUAGCAACAUGGCUCCUGCCCCCCCUGCUCCUGCCCCACCCAGUACUUACAACCAAGGACCACAGCAGAGCUACAGCCAGUCCUACAGCCCCCCAUCCAGCUACAACCAAGGUAGUUAUGGGACUUCAAGCUACAGCUACGGAAACUAUGGUGGUUACAGCCAAAGCUAUACCCAGCCUCCACCACCACCACCACCAGCUCCAGCCCCGGCUCCAGCCCCGGCUCCGGCUCCGGCUCCAGCUCCGGCCCCAGCCCCGCCGACCUACAAUCAGCCCAAUUAUAACCAGUACCAACAGUACAAUCAGCAGUGGAACCAAUAUUAUCAAAACCAGAGCCAGUGGCCCCCGUACUAUGGCAGCUAUGACUAUGGGAGCUACGCAGGCAACUCGCAGGGAGGCUCCAGUGCCCAAUGAGGACUCCGCAUCAUUCUUAGAAAGAUCCCAACAUGUUCCGCUGUUGGCAAGUUUGUAACUGGAUGCUGGGUAUUUCUGAGUCUGUGGGAAACCUGGGCCAGAAGUUGUCUGCCUGCCCUUCUUUCCUCUGUCUAGAUCUUGAGGGUGGCUGCAUUUUACCUGUACAGAUAGAGGCAUGUUACUUCCCCUUUGCAUCAUCCCUCACAAGGAUGUUAAUGCGAUUUCUUGUCUCUCCUUGUCAAAGACUACCCCCCUUUUUAAAAAUUUCUCCAGUUUUGAACGAAGCUGCCGUGUUUAGCCUCGUGUCCUUGUACUUUUAGUCCAAGAUUUCAAACUUCCUGCAGCUUUGGAACCCUCUUAGGAUCUUAUCACCUCCUUCUCUCUUCCACCAUCCUCUUGCACAGCUCUGGUAGUGAUCCUAAACCCCAAGGUGUUUUGGAUACUAUUCCAGCAGUUUGUCAUCCACCUGUCUUUGAGGUGUUUUUAUCUGUCUUUUUCUGAAAAUAACUAUUAAAAACAGGAAUAAGAGAUUGUCUUAUCUUAUGGUAACUAUGCUUUGUUUUUAGAUUUUUUCCUGUAACUUUUUACAGUGGGUCAGCAACUGUUAAUAUUUUCCUUAAGGUAAAUCAUUCCUUUUGACUCAGUGCAGGAGAGAAGGAACAAAGGGGGAAACCAUCUUAACUGUGUAAUUUUUUAUACGAUGUCUAAGUUCCUGUAACUUUGCACAUGCUUUGUGUUGAGUUGAAUUGUAACAGCUUUUUGUAUUUGGAGGAAGAAAAAAGAGUGAAUAUUGAACUUUAAA